AUUAGCUGCAGUAUACAUGAAGUCAUUUUCGGAAGAACACGCAUUUAGGCUCAAGCAGAUGUGAAGGGCGGCGCUCUGUACAGAGUGGGGAGUAACAAAGACUACGCUGGAGAAAAGUUUACUUCAUUUCAAGAGGUCUCCAAAGAGUCUCCUCCAUACUACUACAUUAAUUCUCAGAGCAACGGGGAGGAAUGGCCGUAAGUAGAAGUUAAGUUUGGAAGUGUUUUAACUCAGUGAGCAAGGCUGUGGCAAGUGAACGGUGUUAUUUGGAAGCCAUGGCCGCUCAGACCGACUCAUUGAGCGGAUACCUGCAUCAGUCAGACCCGGGCUCCAACAGCGAACGCAGCAGCGACUCCCCCCUGCCGAUAUCUGAGGAUGACUCCAGCGGACCCCCGGCCCCGUUUGACCCUGAAUGGACAGAGGAGAGAUUCCGAGUAGACCGGAAAAAACUGGAGCUCAUGCUGCUUGCUGCCACAGAGGGGAUGAUGAACGGAGAAGAGGAUGGGAGGAUGAACAGAGGAGAAGACUUCUUUCAGAAGGUUAUGAAGGAAACUAAGACUCAGAUAGCUUGGCCCUCCAAACUGAAGAUUGGUGCCAAGUCUAAGAAGGAUCCUCACAUCAAGGUGUGUGGGAAGAGAGACAAUGUGAAAGAGGCCAAAGAGAGGAUAAUGUCUGUCCUGGACACUAAAAGUAACCGAGUCACCCUGAAGAUGGACGUGUCCCACACAGAGCACUCCCACGUCAUUGGGAAGGGGGGCAACAACAUCAAGCGGGUGAUGGAGGAGACAGGCUGUCACAUCCACUUCCCCGACUCCAACCGCACCAAUCACUCCGAGAAGAGCAACCAGGUUUCAAUAGCUGGCCAGCCAGGAGGAGUUGAGUCAUCCAGAGCAAAGAUCAGGGAGCUUCUCCCACUGGUCCUGAUGUUUGAUCUGCCAGUGAUGCUCCAGGUGACCCCUGACCCCAGCUCUGCAGCCAUUCAGCUCAUCUCGCAGACCUACAACAUCUCUGUUUCCUUCAAACAGACUCCACGCUCCAGACCAUACCCAGCCACUGGGGUAAUCAGGGGCGGAGCCACCGGUGUUGUCAGAGGCUCCCAGAACAACAUUGCUGCUGUCAAGAGGGGUACAGCCGUGUUAUUAGAUCACCUAACGGGAAGCCUGUCCAGUGCCGUCCCAGUAAGCACUCAGCUGGACAUUGCACCCCAACACCACCUCUUCAUGAUGGGCCGGAAUGGCAGCAACAUCAAACAGAUUAUGCAGACGACCGGAGCUCAGGUCCACUUCCCUGAACCCAACAACCCUCUAAGGAAAACCACUGUCUACAUCCAGGGAACAGUUGACUCUGUCUGCCUGGCUCGACACUACCUCAUGGGCUGUCUCCCGCUGGUCCUGAUGUUUGACAUCCCAGAGACUGUGGAGGUGGAGCCUGAUGACAUCACCACUCUGAUGGAUCAACUUGAUGUUUUCAUCAGCAUCAAACCCAAACCUCGGCAGCCCAGCAAGUCCGUGAUAGUGAAGAGCGUGGAGAGGAAUGCUGGGAACAUGUACGAGGCCAGGAGGUGUCUGUUGGGACUGCAAACCAGUGGGGUGCCAUCGUCACCCCCCUCCUCUUGUAGCAGCAGCCCCCCCGCCACACACCGCCCCCCUCUGGGCUUCCAAAUGAUGGCAUCAGCCGGGUUGGGUCUAAACAGUCUAGGUCUCCUGGGUCCAACGGCUGAUUCUAUGAACAGUUCUUCAGCCCACAGCUCUCUUCUCGACGCUCUCAGCAACUCCAACAAUGCCAUGGACAGCCCCCUACACCCAGGCUCAAGCCCCCUACACCCAGGCUCAAGCCCCCUACACCCAGCCUCCAGCCCCUUACGCCCAGGAAACCCCAGCACUCCCCUCUGGUCCUCUCCUCUACCCAGUACAGGGUUCUUGUCAACGCGGAUGCUCCACCCAGCUGACCAGGCCACCUUGACCAACAUUCUGUCUGGUGUCCAGGGCUACAACCAUCACACCCACUCUGUUCCAGGCCUGUACCCCCAACACAACCCCUCUCCCCCUGGACUGUAUCGUCAUCACACCCCUUCUCCCCCAGGCCUGUACCCCCAACACACACCCUCUCCCCCAGGCCUGUACCCCCAACACACAUCCUCUCCCCCAGGCAUGUGCCCCCAUCACACACCCUCUCCCCCUGGCCUGUACCCCAAUCACACUCCCUCCCCACCAGGCCUCUACACCCACCACACGCCAUCUCCACCCCCUGGUCUGGCUCCUAUUGACCCCAAGGGGAAACUCAACAGUGUUCCUGAUUGCAGUAAGGUGUCUGCUCUCAGUGGUCACCUCAAGCACGGCGGGGCGGUUUACCGAAGUAUGUCAUCGGCAGGCUGUCUGGCUGACCAGGUCCUGAAUCCAAAACAUGGAGACUCUGUCCAGGAAGCUGGAGGACAGUGCCCUGCUGACCCUCUUGCUAGCAAGACCAGCCCUGACCAAGGCUCUGAUGCAUUUGUGGAGGUGGGGAUGCCGCGCAGUCCCUCCCAGUCAGGAAACAGUGUUGAACUGAAACAGAUGUUAGCAUCUUGUAAGACGGCCUCAGGGAAAAGGCAGGCCCUGGAGCUGCUGCAGGGCACCAAGAACUCACACCUACAUUCUGAAUGCCUGCUGUCUGACUCAGACUCCAGUGCGUCGGAGGGUCCUGUGGCUGAUAAGAGAGCCCCCGGCAGUGAGAGGGCUGAGCGGGCAGCAGAGAGGGAGAGGGCUGAGAUAGCUGCACAGCAGAACAGACUGGACAUGGACCCCGAGGAAGCUUUUGACAGCAUGCAGGUUUUUGACUACGAGCAGAAAAAGCUGCUGGCAACCAAAGCCAUGUUGAAGAAGCCAGUGGAGACAGAGGUGCGGACCCCCACCAACACAUGGAGCGGGCUGGGGUUCUCCAAGUCCAUGCCGGCAGAGACCAUCAAGGAGCUGCGUCGAGCCAACCACGUACCCUACAAACCCUCCAUGUCCACCACUUACGAGGACUCCCCACUGUCGCUGUCCAACUGUCGGGAAGCCCUCGGGAGUGGCAGCGAAUCUGAAAACUGGAGGGACAGGAAUGGGGGCAGGCUACCUGGACAGACAGAGUACCAAUCAGCCAUCAGUCCAAAGAGGAAGCAGAACAAAACUGAAAACUACCUGAGCAGCAGUAACUACAUGGACUGUUUCUCGUCGGUGACGGGAAGUAACGGACUCAACCUCAACUCCUCCUUCAAAGUUUCUGAUCUGCCAGAACUGUUCAGCACCAUGGGCUUGGGGAAAUACACAGAUGUCUUCCAGCAGCAAGAGAUUGACCUUCAGACAUUCCUGACGUUAACAGACCAGGACCUGAAGGAACUCGGCAUCUCCACGUUUGGAGCACGGAGGAAAAUGUUGCUUGCUAUCUCAGAACUUAAUAAGAACGGCAGGAAACUGUUUGAAUCUCCCAGCAUCCGCUCCUCCUUCCUGGAUGGGGGCGCCAGCGGACGCCUCCCUCGCCAAUUUACCGGGGACAUCACCAGCACGCGACUGCCUCGCAGUUUCACCGGGGACAUUGCUAGUGUCAGUGGCAGGUGGUAGACUGGUCUGUCUGAGGCCAGGACAGAGCGGAUGGGUCCACUUCACUGUUUUCCUCUCUGUAAACAGCCAGUCCUCUACUGCACAAAGCACCUCCCAUUAAAUUAGGACUAAGCCCCUCCCAUUCCCAGCUGUACUAACUGGACCAAAUGCCUGCCAGCAAGAGAUGUUUAAGCCCUAUGUGAUAAUCCAAUGUGAUAUUACUUCACCGGUGAUGCACCAGUGACGCUGAAGGACACAGAGGUAUCAUUUUGACGGCACAGGAGCUUUUGUUGGUGGUUUUGACCGAAACAGGUAGCAUGCUUCGUACAAGAGACAGAGAUGUUUAGCACUAUUUAAAUGCAAUAUUCGUUUUGAUGUAAACUUUAUUUGCACUUUUAAGAAUAGUAGAUCUGCCUGUGGAUGAUUACUUCCUUGUGAGGCCAACUCUAAUAUACAGGUCUUGUAUAGCACUUAGCGGGGGGUUCGAAGCCUGGUAGAAAUGUAUCGUUUAGAUUGAAUGCUGGAUCACCUAGCAUUUCUGCAGCAUUCUAUAUUUUACAUGAUUCCUUUAUGUAUUAUUCUUUAUUUAUAGUUAACAUGUAUGUUUCAUCAUGUUUGAUCAGAUCAACUGUAAGCAUUGGUUUUAUUUCAGUUUAGGAACACAAGUUUAUGUUUCUUUGUAGACACGUGUAUGGAGACUCCGUCAGAUCAAUGUUGGGAGGGAUGUAAAUCCCCUGUUUCCUAAAGGGACCCGUGAAAAGGCCUUGUCUGUCGGUCUGGUGUCAAGGCAUACACUAACAGAGUCUUCCAAAGAAGGGUUCAUGCCUGUUUGAAUGGUCUGGAACUUCCUUACCAAACCUGGGUGAUACAGUUUUUUUCUUCCAUUCAUUGAUAUCCCUUGUGAUGAGAUAACGAAGCAUCUAACUAUCUGUUAUAAACAUGGACAUGUUGUAGCUGUUAAGACUGUGAAUGAUCAUAGUUGUCUCUGGAGGAGAACCCAAUGUUAUUGAUCACCACAAAUGGUAGCUAGUGCUUACCACAAACGAGAGUUUCUUCCACAAACGGAAGCUUAUGUUUGCCAAAUAUUAGUGGAAAAUGAUUGCCCGGCGGAACAAGCCUUACGUUUAUAUGCAAACCACUUAUUUACUGUUACCGGUACGUUUACAUGUCUCGUAUAUACUCCAGUUUGUAUUGACAAAUUAUGUUGAAUUGUUGUGUAUUGUCUUAGGUACGGUGGUAGAGGAAUUCUGUUGUAUUCAUAACGCAAAUGAAAAUACUGCAGAUUUUGUCAUUGUGAGUUCAGUCAUAUUAUCAUUCAUUGUCUGAUAAAGGGAAGGUGGGUGUUGAUGCAAACAACGUCCUGUGCUUUCUGAAGGGACCAAUCCAACCUGUGAUUGUAUAGAUGCAGUAAUAAACUAUGCAAAGACCGUAGUCACUUUAGUACAUUUCAAAGGACGGACUGAAGACCACAGUAUAAAAGUUUGUGAGGUUGUCUUCGCCAGCAGUUUGUUCUACAAGUCAGUAUUCAUUUAGAAAUCAGAUGUUAUUAUUUUGUAAACAUUUCUUUCUUGAAUAUUUUUAAUGCCUUUCUCAAUAUCAACAAAUGUUUGACUGAACAAAUGGAACGGAAAGAAUGUUGAUUGACCUUGUGUAUGUCCAUUUGUAAGAGAUGCAGAUGUUUUUAUAGCUAUUGUUAGACUGCAGUUCUCUGGGGUUUUUUGGUCAGGGUUUUUUAGCUGGAAUAUCAGUUGGGAUACCUAAAAUGUGUUAACCAGUUUGUGGCCUUGUUUCAAUAUAAUAAACCUUUCUGCAAACCUUG